GCGAGGGGGAGGGGGAGGAGGCGAGGGGAAGACGAGGGGGAGGGGGAGGAGAGGCAAAGCGCGGGAAAUUCGCGGUUAUCUGGCGAGGACGGGGGAAGGCGGAAGCCAUGGAGAUCGACUCGGACAUUGCGCGAGUACAAGCGGAGAGGAGGAAGGCGGAAGAACUGGCGGCGCUGAGUGUGGCCGGCGGGUUUGAUACUGACUUGUACGGAGGAAUCGCUAAUCGGUAUGAAGGAUACGUGAAGUCCAUCCCAGUCAAUGAUGCCGACGAAGAGGAGCUGGACCCUACGGAGCGAGAGGUUGUUAGAAAGUUGUCUUCAUACACUGCACCAAAGUCGGUACUGUUGGACCUGCCACGCGGCGAAGGUGGUGAUGCAGAGUUGGGAUUUAGAAAGCCUCAGCGCAUCAUUGACAGGGAGGAUGACUACAGGGCAAGGAGGCACAACCGCCCACUAUCGCCAGACAGGACAGAUGCUUUUGCAUUGGGUGAUAAGACACCGGAUGCCUCAUUGCGUACAUAUGCUGAUGUUAUGCGAGAGGAAGCUGUUAGGAGGGGUAAGGAGGAGACUUUGCGGUUGAUUGCUAAGAAGAAGCAGGAGGAAGAAGAGAAGAGGAAAGAAGGCGGAGGGGCUCUCUCGAAACCUAUAAAGCCAGCUCAGCAAUCAGUAGGUGUGGUGCCAGCACCUAUUCCCCACACUGCAGGUGUCAAGAGGAGGAACCGUUGGGAUCAAGCUGGAGCGGAGGAUGCAUUGAAAAAGCCAAAGGUCACUUCAGAAUGGGACGCACCGGACUCGACACCUGGGCCCAGCCGGUGGGACGCAACGCCCACCCCAGGGCGUGUUGGUAUCGAGGCAACACCUACGCCAGCACGACGGAAUCGGUGGGAUGAAACUCCUACACCAGGGCGGCUUGUUGACUCUGACUCUACUCCCGCCGCGGGCAUGACACCUGGCGCAACGCCUGCAGGAAUGACUUGGGAUGCAACUCCAAAGGUUGGCAUUGCUACACCAACGCCUAAGCGCCAACGGUCACGCUGGGAUGAGACGCCAGCGACGAUGGGCAGUGCCACACCCACGGCCGGUGCAACCCCGAGCAUGUUCACCCCUGGGGUGACGCCACUUGGUGCAGCCGACCUAGCGACACCAACUCCAGGGCACAUUGCGUUGCGAACACCAAUGACUCCAGAGCAAUACAAUGCACUUCGCUGGGAGAGAGAUAUUGAAGAGCGCAACAGGCCUUUGUCUGAUGAGGAGCUGGAUGCCAUGUUUCCACAGGAGGGCUAUAAAAUCCUGGAACCGCCAGCAAGCUAUGUACCUAUCAGGACCCCAGCCAGGAAGCUGCUCGCGACACCGACCCCUGUUGGCGGCACUCCUAUGUAUCAGAUACCAGUGGAGGACCGUACUCAGCAGUUUGAUGUCCCUAAAGAGCCUCCAGGAGGCUUGCCUUUCCUGAAGCCCGAAGAUUACCAAUACUUUGGGUCCCUCUUGAACGAGAAGGAAGAUGAAGAAAUGAGCCCGGAGGAGGCCAAGGAGAGAAAGAUUAUGAAACUGCUGCUCAAGGUCAAGAAUGGCAGUCCUCCUCAGCGGAAGACGGCUCUUCGACAGCUCACCGACAAAGCGCGGGAAUUUGGUGCCGGGGCGCUAUUCAAUCAGAUAUUGCCUCUGCUAAUGUCUCCUACUCUGGAAGAUCAGGAGCGGCAUCUUCUUGUCAAGGUUAUUGACAGAAUUCUCUACAAACUAGAUGAGCUGGUCCGCCCAUACGUGCACAAAAUUCUUGUGGUGAUUGAACCCCUUCUAAUCGAUGAAGAUUACUAUGCACGUGUUGAAGGCCGGGAGAUCAUAUCUAAUCUGAGCAAGGCGGCUGGGUUGGCAACGAUGAUUGCUGCAAUGAGGCCGGAUAUUGACAAUAUCGACGAGUAUGUGCGGAACACCACUGCACGUGCAUUUUCUGUGGUUGCGUCAGCUCUGGGUAUUCCUGCACUCUUGCCAUUCCUUAAGGCAGUUUGUCAAAGCAAAAAGUCCUGGCAGGCCAGACACACAGGUAUCAAGAUUUGCCAGCAGAUUGCCAUACUUAUGGGCUGCGCCGUGCUUCCGCAUCUGAAGUCGCUUGUCGAAAUCAUGGAGCACGGACUAAGUGACGAAAACCAGAAGGUGCGGACUAUUACUGCAUUGGCGCUUGCUGCACUGGCUGAGGCCUCUGCGCCUUAUGGUAUUGAGAGUUUUGAUUCUGUGCUGAAGCCUCUCUGGAAGGGCAUACGGACACACAGAGGAAAAGUGCUGGCAGCUUUUCUCAAAGCCAUUGGGUUCAUCAUUCCCCUCAUGGACGCGAUGUAUGCAAGCUACUAUACCAGGGAGGUGAUGGUUAUAUUGAUUCGGGAGUUCCAGUCUCCUGAUGAGGAAAUGAAGAAGAUUGUGUUGAAGGUGGUCAAGCAGUGUGUCAGCACGGAUGGUGUGGAAGCAGACUACAUUAGGGAGGAGAUUCUACCGGACUUCUUCCGGAACUUCUGGGUCCGAAGGAUGGCGCUGGACAGGAGGAAUUACCGCCAGCUUGUUGAUACCACAGUGGAGAUUGCAAACAAGGUGGGAACUUCUGAUAUCAUUGGAAGAGUUGUGGAAGACUUGAAAGACGAGAGCGAGCCGUAUCGACGAAUGGUUAUGGAAACUAUGGAGAAGGUGGUGGCUAAUCUUGGUACAUCGGACAUUGAUGCCCGUCUUGAGGAGCUGCUUAUUGAUGGCAUCCUGUAUGCAUUCCAGGAGCAGUAUCCGGAGGUGCUGGGAUCGAUUCUCGGUGCCUUGAAGGCUAUCGUGAACGUUAUUGGAAUGACAAAGAUGACACCUCCAAUCAAAGAUCUACUGCCAAGGCUCACUCCUAUCCUGAAGAACAGGCACGAAAAGGUGCAGGAGAACUGCAUUGAUCUUGUCGGACGAAUUGCUGACAGGGGUGCGGAAUUCGUGCCUGCGCGAGAAUGGAUGCGAAUUUGUUUCGAGCUACUUGAAAUGCUGAAGGCCCACAAGAAGGGAAUCCGGCGAGCAACCGUGAACACAUUUGGGUACAUUGCGAAAGCUAUCGGGCCACAGGAUGUACUGGCCACACUGCUGAAUAACCUCAAGGUGCAGGAGCGUCAGAAUCGUGUUUGCACAACGGUUGCAAUUGCUAUUGUGGCUGAGACAUGCUCUCCUUUCACAGUCUUGCCUGCCCUUAUGAACGAGUAUCGCGUACCCGAGCUGAACGUCCAGAAUGGUGUUCUGAAGUCCCUUUCUUUCUUGUUUGAGUAUAUCGGAGAGAUGGGAAAAGACUACAUUUAUGCUGUCACUCCUCUGCUGGAAGAUGCCUUGAUGGAUCGCGACUUGGUACACCGUCAGACUGCGGCAUCGGCAGUGAAGCACAUGGCCCUCGGAGUUGCUGGCUUGGGAUGCGAAGAUGCUCUGGCACAUCUGUUGAAUUAUGUGUGGCCUAACAUCUUUGAGACAUCGCCUCAUGUCAUCAAUGCUGUGACGGAAGCAGUCGAAGGGUUGAGGGUAGCUCUCGGUCCGUGCAUCGUCCUCAACUACUGCUUGCAGGGUCUUUUCCAUCCGGCGAGAAAAGUGCGGGAAGUGUACUGGAAAGUCUAUAAUUCACUGUACAUCGGCGCUCAGGAUGGGCUAGUAGCCGCGUAUCCGAUCUUGGAAGACGAUGGAAACAACACAUAUAGCAGACCUGAACUCAACAUGUUCAUCUGAAAGGGAGGUGUUUUUUUCAGAGGAGAGAGAGUUCUGAAAAGAGGAACCGACCACACGUGUCAUUGUGCCCAUUUGGUCAUUCAUUCAUCUGUUGCUAAGUGAUUUCCGUCCACCACAGCAGCCUGUUCUGCGUCCCUUCAUCCCUUCCCCCUCCCCAGCCCCGCUCUAUGUUCCGUCCUCCCACCCCUCGGCUGAGUCCGCUCCCUGUAUGAUUGAAUAGAUGUUACGGGAAUUUCACCAACACAAAAGUACACACAGCUUGCACUGACCAGGAGGCAUGAGCUGCUGCUGCUGCUGCUGCUGAGUUAUUAGCUCCCUCUGCCAAACAUAAUUGGCAUCUGUAUUGUAUAGUCCCCGUUUCGGCUCGGCAAAUUUGUUCAUCAGAGCAGAGUCUGUGUGCAGGAUUCACCCCAAGUCUUGUUGAUCCCCCGUCUUUUCUGUUUUUUCAAUCGUUUUCCGAUGCCCAGUCUUGGUCUCUUUAUGUUUUGUUUCAUUUCCGUCCCUGUUGCUGCAGUCAUGACCACAGUUAUUGAGAGCUGGUAUGAACAUCAGCUAGUUUGAUACAGAAGGUUCACGUCUCGGCAGGGUGUCUCUGCCUGUGGCAGCAGUUCCGGAGGAAAGGCAGGUGCACAGCGAGAACUCGCAAAAACAAAACAAAAAAAAACUUAAUGUUCCUGCAAAUGCAUUGCGCCCUCACAUUGACUGUAUCGGAAUGGAAAAAUUAGUUUGUACAUGUUCACGAUUAGGAUGCGUUGUGUUCGGGGGAAGACGGAGGUUUGAGAGGUUCAUGUCUCUGGAGUCUGGAGGUCUUGCCUCCUGUGGUGGUGAUACAGUUCUGGCUGGCUGUAUUGAUAGUAGUAGACAAAUGCAGCGAGAACGGGGAUUGAACAGCAGCUACCGUCUUCACCGGAAUAAAACGUACAUGUCAUGAUUGCUGUAUUUGGGGAAGCAUUCAGUCUAUAGAUACAGCGACAAUGACCGUACGUUCUAUUUGGGUGAAGUUGGUAGUAAGCGGCAGGAAAGCUUCUUGUCCCCGGUGGGUGUCUCUCAUCUACAUGGGAUUUGAACUCCCGCCACGUUGGGGGUGGGUAUUUGAACCACAGAGUCGUCGUAUGUUUGUUUCCUGCAGCCUCUCGGUUCCACAAAAUUUGCUUGUUUAGCGAGGAAAGGCGUAAGCGUCGAGGAGACAAGUCUCCCUUUGUUUCCAGUCCGUCAUCAGUGUGCUUCCAUACACGAAUGUCUUGCCACCCAAUUGCUCGUCGCCAUCCGGCAAUGGCUAGAGCCAGGUGGAGAAUGCUUGCAGUCCGGAGGGUUUUUUCUUUCAGAAUCUGUUAUUAGUGUGCCCUUGUGUGUGCGCCAGCCCACUUUGCAUCACAGCCGUUCAGUGUGCGGUUUUCUUAAUCAAAGGGAGUAGGAAUUUUUUACUGUUUCAAAGUUCAACCGCCAUAUGAGGAAUGAUGGUUCAAAAAAAAAAAAAAAAACGAGAGGAGGAAUGAUGGUCGCAGAUGGUCUCUGUGUUUGUCGGUCCGGAGAAAUAGGGAGAAUGAAGUUUAUGGUAGGUU